UACGUAACUUGGAACUGGAACGUUUUGUUAUUUUGUUGAUAGUUUGAUAAGCGGCAAGUGCGUAUAACCUCGAACAAAACUUUUAAAACUGUUAAAACCGACGUGUUUUCUUGUUCUUAGUGCACCGCAGUGUGUUCUGGAAUAUUUUAGAUAAAUAGUAUACUUAGUAACAAGAAAAGCAAUGAGUCGUAACCUGAAAGCCAUGAUCGGACCUUCGAUCCUCAACUCAGACUUAUCAAGACUGUACGAAGAAUCUCAAAAAUUGCUUGAUAAUGGUGCAGAUUACUUGCAUUUAGAUGUGAUGGACGGUCAUUUUGUGCCCAAUUUGACUUUCGGACACCCCAUAGUGAAAUGCCUUCGUUCUAAAAUAAAGGGUGCUUUUUUUGAGACACACAUGAUGGUUUCUAAGCCUGAACAGUGGAUUGUACCUAUGGCUGAUGCAGGUGUGAACCAAUAUACAUUCCAUAUUGAACCAAUCACCAAUGUUGAAGAAGUCUGUAGGAAAAUUAAAGAAAGUGGGAUGAAGGCGGGAGUUGCAAUCAAACCUGGUACUCCAGUGACUGAAGUAGAAAAAUACAUUAAUGUAGCAGACAUGGUGCUUAUUAUGACGGUUGAGCCUGGAUUUGGUGGACAGAAGUUUAUGGAGAAUCAAAUGGCAAAGGUCAAAUAUUUGAGAGAGAAUUACCCUCUGCUGGAUAUUGAAGUUGAUGGUGGAGUCGGACCAGCAACUAUUGGAUGCUGUGCUACUGCUGGAGCCAACAUGAUAGUGUCUGGUACAGCAGUAAUCGGAUCUCAGGAUCAGGCAGCCACAAUCAAGCUACUGCGUGACACAGUGCAACAAUCAAUUAAGAAACAAUAACACUUUGCUCCACUCAUAGACACCCCAAUCCAUUGGUGUAGAAUAAGCUGACAGUUCUUCAACCUUUGUAGGUAGGUACUCACUUAUUAUCAAUUGUUUCCUAGCCCUUUAUUUCCUAAAUAAGUAUACUAUAACUAAAUAGUAAUGAUCUGUACAAAAGUAUAAUUUAUUUUCUGAUCAAAAAAGCCUUAAAUGGCUUACAUUUUUGAAAUCAAAGAUGGUAUCAUCUUAGCGAUUUACAAGAAUACUUACUGAUAUUCUUAUAGGCCUUACACUUUACUGUGAUUCAAUUAAUACCAUAAUGAUUUUUACUAAUAAGCUAUAAGCUACAAAUUAAAAAUAUUUUCAUGAUUGAAAACACACAUACUUAAUUGGAAAAGGUUUCAAAACUGUACUUUUCUUAUAGGUACUUCUAUAUUUUUAUUUCUUUAUUAUUUGUUACUUAUUGCUAAUAGGUUUGUCUCAUAUCAUAAAGCUUUUAGUACUUGGCCAGAGUAAAACUGGACAGACAAGGCUGUACAGUGGUGAAAUUGUUCUAUAAUAAUGGCUUUAAAUAGAACCUAUCUAUUAAUAUUUUUAUAAUGUUAAAAAUGUUUAGGGAAAUAUUUUCAAGCGUUUAAAUUGCAUACAAAAAAUAUGUUUUUACAAUUAGGGGUAGUUUUGUAAUUAGUAAUCUUUUUGACAACAAUGAAUUUAAUAAAGGUGCUACAUUCCUGUUAGAUAUAUAUAUUUUAUGCAUUUGUUAUGGAUACAUAAGUGUUAUUAUAAAGUUGGCUAUAAUGCCAAACAUUUAUCAGGUGUACUUCAUUAAUUGUGCAUUGGCUGUAUUGAAUGGAAGUACAAUUAUGACAAUAAAUUUGUGUUAAAACUUUUAAGAAAAAUAAAUAUAUAUAUUUUUCAAAA